AUGACCCGACCCAAGGUCCCAGAUGACAAGCGCCAACGGACUGCACAGGCCUGUGACACGUGUAAGCGACGAAAGCAAAAGUGCAACGGUGCUCGCCCUUGCGGCACUUGUACCAAGAGGAGUCUUCAGUGUACAUACACGACUAGCAAUGGCUCCGAGCAGACCGCCCCGGACCAAUUAGCUUCUCCUUCCAAGCGUCGCAAUAUUGAAGAACUACCGACGGUGAAGCCAACAGCCCCAGAUGGCUCACUCACAUCUGAGAGCCCCGCGGCGGCCACGACCCCAUGGGACUCGAGACCGAACCAACCAGUCAACGAUGCGAAACCAACCGCCGGAUCUGAUAUAAAGCCAUCUAUCGAACAGGACCAUGAAAUGCUGGGAGUAGACCGCGAGUUCGACAUUCGCUCCAGGCACAGCACCGCUUCAGGACCUGAUGAAGAGACAUCGCUCAUGCAAUCUACCAGAAUGUUGCAGGACCCUACAGGCAGACUCCUCUACGUUGGCGACUCGGCCUCGUUGGCUUACCUACAGCUCAUACGAAUGAUUGUUGAGGCGAGCGUUGGGCCCAGCGACUUUACCCUGGACCCUAGCCGCCAUAAGAUCAUGGAGGCGACCAGUGCUAUCCCGGAUAGCAUUCGGCCUCCACAUAUCCUGCCCGACAGGGAUACAGCCAACGCUCUGCUGGACUCCUUCUUUACGAACACUCACGGCCUGAUCGAGGUCUUUAACAGAGCAGCAUUUGAAGAGUCCGUGGAAGCCUGCUACACAGAUCCAUUGGCAGCGCAAUCUUCUUUCCUCUGCCUAUUGCAUUUGACCCUUGCUAUCGGCACCGUCUUGGGGACACCACUUCCCGGUAGCAAAGAAGACGUGAUUUUCAAAAAGCUCCGAGCAAGUCGAUAUGACCGCGCCGAGCUAUUCUUCAGGAGUGCCAAAGCUCUUGGCGACCCCAUUUCCGGAUUUGAAGAUGCAGACUUUUGGUCUGUGCAGGCACUGUCAUUGAUGGCUGUCUAUAUGCUAGCGAUAUCCAAACGUAACGCAGCGUACGCCUACUUUGGAAUGGCGGUCCGUUCUGGCUUUGCUCUUGGCUUACACAGGGUCCACGAGAACCACUUUAUUUUCAAUGGCGAGGAGAUUCGGCUCCGCCGUAACCUCUGGAGAAGUCUAUUCGUUCUCGAUCGGUUUCUCGCGGCAUCACUAGGCCGACCGGUCGCCAUUGACGAAGAAGAGUGCUCUGUAGAUGCGCUUUUGGUGUUUGAAAAAAACUCCCAAGGGGAAUUGAUCCGUGUUACGGAUCCCGAUGAUGGGCUCGACGCCGCCGUGCGAUCUUGUCGGAUCGUUGGGCAGAUUCUCAAGAAGAUCUACGCCCGCCGGCGAAUUUCGGUCCGCCUUGCUCAAGAGAUCUGGGAGCAGUGCAACACCUGGUACACUACUCUGAGCCCCGAAUUGGCGGGUGGGCGGGUGGCCGCCGAUCCCAGCAACCCCGCUCAGGGCAUCGCGGCUCUGCAUGUCAACCUCUUAUACUGCCACUCUAUUCUCUUACUGACUCGUCCAUUUUUUCUCUGCCUUUUGAGUAAAGUUCACGGCGAGCGAAGCGGUCUUGCUCUCCCGGUCCCCCGCUGGAUCAAUCGCAUGUCAAAGUAUUGCGAGGCAUGCUUACACGCUUCUAACCAGACAAUCAUCUACGUGCAAAAGGCGUUUGAGAGCAACUACCUUCCUCAACGAAACCCCUUUGUUCUCUACUUUCUCUUCGCUGCCUCACUCGUUAUACUGAGUAACGAAUUUGCAUCUAUAUACCCCAACCCGACUUACGCGGCCUCGAUAUCUAAUACCAUUGCUAUUAUGCGGUAUUGUGCUACCAGCGACCCGCAGGCUAGUCGACUCCUCUUCAUCCUCACAUCUUUCCGCAACGUCGUCUACGAAUUACAACAGAAGAAGACCGAGCAGCCAGCCAUGCCCGCGCCCCCAAUGCUUUCCCCGACAUCCCUCAACGACCCCAUAGGCACCAUCUUCAAGUCUUCACGUAAGAAUUCGCUGGCUGCCACAGUAUCGGGCAUGACAGGAAACAAGGCCAAGCCAAUGGCGCCACCGCCGCUGUCAAUGAAGACGGACCAUAGCUUUCCUACGUCUACAGGCCCGUCAGCCGUCGCCUCGCCGGCCGGUAGUACCCCCAGCAUGUCACAGGGUGACCAAAGUGCGCGGAUGGGUGGUGACUCGGACACAGGUGAUGGAGAGCUCGAGUUCGAUCAGCUUUGGGGCUGGUCAGCUGUGCCCAACGCAAUAUCUAGAGGGCCUCAUGCGUUGGGGGCAGCGGUGCCAGCUGGCGCCGGAGUGCCUCCCGUCGCGGUAGCCGCGGUUGCAGCUCCGACCGUGAACGCACCUGUGUUCUCUGCGCAAGGCCCCGGCCAGCAGCAGUUUCAAGGCUUUGCGAACUACGUUGUGCCUGGCGGUCCUAACGGUGCUGGGGUGCCAGCGGCCGGGCCUCCGGGGUACACGGCCCCUAGUGUACCAAUGUACGUUCCGGCAGAAUACUCCUAG